AUGGAUAUCCCAGCAAGGACGGAGAACUCACUGCCACUAUCUGAAGAUGAGAAGAGGGUGCUGGAACUCUACGACCGACUGCAACAAUUGCAGCUCGAGAUCGCCCUCAUAACAGCACAAAAGAACUACACUCCGUCUACAUCGCGCGCGCAGACUGUAGAGGAUGCCCAAAACGAUCUGUUAGAAUCUAGAGCACGAUACGUCCUGCGGAAUCAAGUCACGGAAAGCGUGGUCAUGGCAAAUCCCGUAUUACAAGCUGUGCAUGGCGGAACAAAUGCAUCACCCAUUGAAAAAGAUCUACUGGGCGUCCUGGCCAAGCGAGACAGCGCUUCGAUAGCGCUGGCUGAUCAGACAACCUCGACCAAGCAGAUCAACGAGGAAAUCAUGGAUGUCCGCAGUCGGACAUUGCAGCUGAGCCGGCAGAACGUCGACUUGGCCUCGCAGGUUCUCAGUCUCGCCGGCGAGGCAGAAGAGCGCAAGGCCGCGGCCGUUGAGGACACGGAACAGGCCGAGGAGAUUGCGCAACUGGAGCAGGAGGUCAAGGCGAGCCGGCAGAGAUGGAGGGUCAUGAAGGCCACUGCAAGUGCAAUUGUAGCUGGCAGUGGAGUUGACUGGGCUGCUGACGAGCAGCUCAAGAGUAUAGUACUUGAUGAAGACGACGAUGGCGUUUAG